UCAUCUAUUAAUAUAUAUUGUGUGUUUCAGAUAAAAAAAUUGCCUUGUUGGGUGCCAUACAAUCUCUCUUUGAAGGUUCAAUGUAUACCUUUGUGUUCCUAUGGACUCCUGCAUUGAGCCCAAACGAUGAAGAAAUUCCACAUGGUUUUAUUUUUGCAACAUUCAUGUUAUCUUCAAUGUUGGGAAGCUCACUGGCAUCUAGGUUGAUGGCUCGCACAUCACUCCGAGUAGAGGGCUACAUGCAGAUUGUUUUUGCAGUUUCUGCUGCUUCUCUAAUACUUCCCAUUUUGACCACUUUCGUUGUGUCUCCUACAAAGGAGAAAGGUGGAGGCAUCUCAUUUACUGGUUCCAUUCAGCUUCUUGGCUUCUGUACUUUCGAGAGUUGUGUUGGCAUAUUCUGGCCAUCUAUUAUGAAGAUGAGACCUCAAUACAUUUCGGAGGAGGCUAGGAGCACAAUCAUGAACUUCUUCUGCAUUCCUCUAAACAUUUUUGUGUGUGUUGUGCUGUACAACGUUGAUGCAUUCCCUAUCACUGUGAUGUUUGGCAUGUGCUCAAUUUUCCUGAUGGUUGCCUGUAUCUUACAAAGGCGACUGAUGGUCAUUGCAGAAAAGCCAAAAGCAGGAGAAUGGCAAAUGAAGGAAAGAGACACUGAAUCAGAGCCAUUGAACAUCUAACUGGUGUUAUCUUAAGUUUUCUGUGGAGGCACUGAACGCGGUUGCUUCAACAUUUACUUACAUAAGGCAGUUUUCUGUCUAAUUGGCAUAAAGAUGCGAUCUAAGUGUGAAGAUAAACCUGUUUUCCACCAACCAAGGCAAAAAGGGAAUUCAAGUAGAAAAAAGAUUAGUGGAGCUAUUUCUUCUUUUCUUUUUUUUUUAAGUGUUUU